GGAAGUAGAGCUGUCACGUGCCCAGAACACAAAAUGGCUGUUCGACUGCUCACGAUGUGAACGUUACCAAGACUUUUUAAGAAUUCUACUGCAAUAUAAAGCAGCAAGAUGAACAUUAGCCAAACAAAAACGUAUGGCAAUGGACUCCUCUUUGCUGGGUUUAAUCAAGAUCAAGGCUGUUUUGCUUGUGGUAUGGAGAGUGGGUUUAGAAUUUACAACUGCGAUCCACUAAAGGAAAAGGAGAGACAAGAUUUUACAGAUGGUGGUAUAGGACAUGUUGAAAUGCUGUUUCGCUGUAAUUACUUGGCUCUUGUCGGUGGAGGUAGAAGCCCCAAAUAUCCUGCUAACAGAGUAAUGGUUUGGGAUGAUUUAAAGAAGAAGUGUGUGAUAGAACUAGACUUUUCUAGUGAUGUCAGGGCUGUCAAGCUUAGAAGAGACAGAAUCGUGGUGGUUUUAGAUAAUCUCAUUAAAGUAUUUACCUUCACUCAAAAUCCCCAACAGCUGCAUGUAUUUGAAACUGCAAAUAACCCAAAAGGCUUGUGUGUUCUCUGUCCAAGUAGCAAUAACUCUUUGCUGGCAUUCCCGGCCCGGAAGACAGGCCAUGUUCAAAUAGUAGACCUUGCAAAUACCGAGCGUGCUCCACUUGAGAUUGCCGCCCAUGAGGCGCCAAUGAGUUGCUUGGCAAUGAAUCUUCAAGGCACUCGACUUGCUACAGCAUCCGAAAAGGGAACAUUAAUACGAGUGUUUGACACCAGUAAUGGUGCCCAACUUCAUGAGCUUAGAAGAGGAUCAGGAAGUGCUCAUAUAUACUGCAUCAAUUUUAAUCAAGACUCUGAACUACUCUGUGUAUCAAGUGACCAUGGAACUGUUCAUAUAUUCGCCAUUGAAGAUCAAAAGAAAAAUAAACAGACAAGCUCAAGCUCAGCGCACAGCUUUCUUCCCAAAUACUUCAGUUCCAAGUGGAGUUUUUCACGGUUUCAGGUCCCUGGAGAUCCACACUGUAUUUGUGCGUUUGGCGCUGAAAAGAAUACUGUUAUAGCAAUUUGUGCCGAUGGCAGCUACUAUAAAUUCGCCUUCAAUCCCAAGGGGGAGUGCUCACGGGACGCUUAUGCCCAGUUCCUCCAGAUGACCGAUGGAGACUAGGGAGAGCAUGUCCAAAUAUGGAUCAUGACAUCCAAGGAAAGUUCCAUGUCACUAAAUGUGCCGCCAGAUGAUGAUUUAAAUGAGAUAUAUGAUUUAUAUUUUCAACGUAUAGAAUAUAAUACCAUUGAGAAAACAACAAAUGGAUAGGGUUGGACCAGAAAGAGCAAUUGUGCCAUUGAGGCUUAUUUUUUAGAUUCAUCCGUUUUUCAUCUCAACAGUUUUCUUUUUAAAACAUCCAUGCUCUGUAAUGGAUCAGUAUAAAUAUAAACUUAUUAAAGCACACACAUACUAGUGAACUCACAGUAUAUGGACUAGGUAUACAGGCCGGGAUGUAACACAUUCUUUUUAAAAUCGCCUAGCAUAGACACCUAGUGAGCGGUCACUUCUGAGCCUUAAAUAUUAGUCAUACGUGCGCUUUAUAGUAGUGCUCGUAUACAAUGUGCCAAGAAGAAGAUGUAUGUACCAAUGAAUGAGUUUUAUGUUCGAUCUUCUUUUACGCGAGGUAACGCCAUUUCUCAAUAACGUAAGCAUUACUCGUUUAACUGAGUAGCAAGUGCAAGAAGAUUAGAAAAGGAGGAAGCAGAUGAGACGGCGCAUGCGCCCAGGGAAAGAGCUGACCUCACCAGUCAGCCGUGUCAGGUUGUAUGUAGUCUUUUCUAAUGUGCUUGCGCCCGUUUGUGACACUGAAGGCCGAAACCAUAGCACGAUGCAUCAGUUUGCAUGCUGGCAUGGUGUAAUACAGUUUCUUAGUGAGAGGAGUUUAUUUUCUAAAAUAAAUAAAAUGAAAAACUGUA